UCUAUUUGUAAAUAUUGUUAAAUUGUAAAUAUAACAAGUGAAUUAUAUUAUAUACUACAAGUGUUUCAUUUUAAAAGUGUGUUAAGGUGUUUUAUGGAUAGAAAGUCCAUUAAAAGGAAUUCUUCGGCCCUCAAAGGGCUACAGCAAUGGUGAUGGAAGCAAACCCUAUUGCUGAUAAUCGAACCGACGAUCGAGUUCACAGUACGUCGUUACGUCCUAGGGCGGGCGGCGACGUUAUAGACCAUCGUCAAGAGCGUUCUGUUGGAACCCUCGACCUGAACAUGUCAUAUUCCGCACCAUCAAAUUUGGUUCUCACACCGGCACCUGAAUGUCGUAAGCUCUCGCGGGGGAUUUCCCGGGCGACUGACAAUGAAGGGCUGGUGUGGGCGCUGCGCAGUAACACCGAGCCUGAGCCAAGCACCCUCUCCUCCGAUCACAUACUCCUUCUGCCGGAUAUCUCUGUCUACCCUCCAGACUUUCGGAUAUUCAUCGAAAAAGACCUCCUCGAAACAGCAACACUAGUGACACUAGAAUCAGCUAGUAUUCUCAACUGGUGGCGCCAAGGUCGAGUCCCAGGGGCGCCUCGAUUACUACCACUGGCGACAUCUGGCGACGGCAACUGUCUACCGCACGCUGCGUCUUUGGCCGCGUAUGGAUUCCACGAUAGACUCCUGGCCUUGAGGACGAAGGUGCAAGCGCUUUUGUCCGGGGAAGAAGGUGAUGUCCUUACAAAAGCUAUUAAACGCCGCUGGCGAUGGUCGGAAAGCCUCUCACUGAAGUCAGCCGGACUAACGCCGUCAGAAUCAGAGUGGGACAGAGAAUGGCACGAUGCAGUGAGGGCGGCUUCAGCGGAGCCCAGGCCUCGACCGCAACCAACCGCAGCACCUCACUACGCUGGGUUGGAGCAGUUGCACGUGUUUGCGCUUGCGCAUGUUAUGCGGCGGCCUGUCAUCGUGUUUGCUGACGUAGCCUUGAGAGAUUUUCGCGGCGACCCCAUAGCUCCGAUCCCUUUCGGUGGUAUCUACCUACCCCUCGAGCUUGAGCCCGAACUGUGCAGCAAAGCACCCAUUCUACUAGCGUAUGAUGCUGGUCAUUUCUCAGCUUUAGUGCCCUGCGAACCCUUGCCCACUGAUGGGGCUAGAGUGCCUUUGGAAGACCAGGCCGGGAACCCUAUGCCUAUACGAUUUAACGUCGAUCCCGGCCAAGAAUUCCGAUGGGAGAUCGAACCAGAUCAAAAAACAAUAAACAACCUACUUCCAGACGAAUACCAACGCUCUUCCAUGUUAGCCGCUUACCUCGACCUUGAGCGUGUAGAAUGCUUGUCCCAUAGCCAACCGCCAGAAGAACUGAGAAGAUCCCUUGACGCACUAUCGACUAAGAGCUCAAAGCAAUUGAAUUCCGUUGCAAAACAAUUCGGAAGUAUUGGCAGGUCAAUGAGUAGUAAAUUGAAGAAGAACUUCGGUUCGAUAACCAAAUUGGGAGGCAAGAGUGGCAGCCAGAGUAACCCUGAAGAAGGGUUAAUGAGAAGACAGUCAACGUGUGAAGUGCUUUGCUGUAGAGUGUUAGCGGCGAGGGCCCCAGUUCAAGAGGAAAUGGUCAAGAACUACCUUAAUGAGGCUUGGAUUGGUUAUACAGCAGAAAAGAACCGCAAAGAACAAAGUCAAUCCGUACCAUCCCAACCGAGGUAUGGUACGGGACGAUCCCAAUUCUACGCAGAAGCUGACCGAGCGGCGCACGAAGUAGCCCGAACAUUGACCACGCGGUCCGCAAAACCUGCCCAGGAUAGAACCUUGUACUUAUCAAAGUCAACCUUCUACGAUGAUCGUCCCCCUUCCCCAAAGCCCUGCCGUGCCCCCUUGUGUAUGUAUUAUGGAAGUCCGGCGAAUAAUGAUUAUUGUUCAAGAUGUUCCAAGCUUCAGUAAGUGCUUCCAUUGUUGUAUAGUCUUUAAAUUACAAUGGUAUUUAAUGGUAUGGCCAUUUGUUUGUGAUAGUUUUUGUGUGAAAACAUAUAAUAUAUGUAUCCUAUACAGAAGCUUUAUAUAGAAGCUAUAAAUAUUAAGUGGACGCAAAUUUUGACAUAAAACACUGUUUUUUUUUCAAAUACUAUUAUAGUAAAAUACUUACUAUUUCAUUUUUUUAUAGGAACCAUACCAGACAUCAAUUUUGUGGUCCAAAAGUGAUUUAGCAUCCGACAUAUUAAAAAUAAAGUAUAUUUUAAAAUGGCAACUAUAAAAUCUAAGAUAAUUAAAAAAAAAAAAUUUGGUCUAAAAACCCUCAGAAUCGCUUUGCACUUAAGAUGUUAUGGCCACAAAGAAACAAUGAAUAACUAAAAUAGAUAAUAGAUAAUAUAUAACGAAGUGUAGCUGUCAUAAGUGGUGUGUUUGUGAACAAGUGUUUGUAUUCUCAUUGUUAGGGAGUAUAAUAAUUAUUUUCUUCACUAUGUGCCAAUGAGAAUACAGAACUCCGUUUUAUGUAAUAAAGAGUACACAAAGGCUAUGCUUGGUUUUAUGAUUUUCUAUGAUCAAUGCAAGAAGUUUUCAUACCAAAGCUAUAGCAAACAAAACCGUACCAUAUUUUUUGAGUCUUAGAGUAAGAUAAAAAUACUCCCUAACUAAAACAAAGUAGCCACAAUAAUUCAAAGUAUAUAUUAUAAUUAUUGUAAUUAUAUAAUAUUACUUACAAUAUAUUUUUGUAACAGAUUAUACAGAAAUUGUUUUUCUUAUAAUCUUAACACCAAAGUAUGUUCUGAAGGUUUCAAAUUAUAGCGUUUAAGGAAUUUAGACUGGCACAACUACAAAGCUUGUUCGUCUUAAAUUAAUAAAAGUCCUAUAUUUGUAGAUAGCAUACUCCGCUUACAGAUAUAGGAUAAACAAGAAUAAUUACGGAUUCAAUAAAAAUGAAACUUGUGGGAAAAUACAUAUUAGUGUCCUAGUUAAUUUUGUUUUAUGUUUAAAUUAAAAAGCAAUAAAUAAAUCAAAAAAUUACACAGAUAUGUUAAAUUGUUAAUAUUUACUAUAAUAUAAGCGAGAUCGGGUUUGUCACGAAAGCGGGUUAAAUUAUUCCUAUAAAGCUAUAAAUUGAAACUAAAUAUUAAAAUCUCUACUUGGAUAAAUCAUGAGAAUUUAUGAUAUUAUUGUUACAGGUUAUCUAUAACAUAAUAUGUAAUAUAAUGACCGUAUUAACUAGUUGGUAAAAAGUUAUUAACACUAGGUUAUUAAUAAAAGUAUAAGUAUAUCUAUUUAAGUAUUAUUAAAUGUGAAUUGUAACAUUUUUGUUAACUUUAACGUUUUAAACGGUUAACAUUGUUAUUGUCUUAUGUUCAAUUUGUCAAAAUAUAAAGGUUCAGCUUUGUUGCUGUAUUCAAUGAAUGGUGCAGACUCUGUCGUACACGCAUCGCUAAAUUAAACUAAAUUGACAGCUCUUAAAGUGGUUGACUGAAAUAUUGACAGCUCGAAAAAUGGUCCCAUCCUUUUCACUACUCUUAUGUUCUUUGUAGAGUGGUGAUAGUGGUUAGAGCUUCAGCAUCCCCUUCGAAGUUAAAAUUCUUUUUUUUUCAUUUGAAUUUUUCCCAUUCAUGAAUUUUACAUGCUACACGACUGGCAAUAUUCGUUUAUAAUUAUGUUCAUCAAUAAUUAUCAUCACUUCAACCUUCGAAAACGAUUCCCACGUUUAUUGAAUACCGGCUUCUCGCAAUGAGAGCGCAUUUACUAUAGGAUGUUUCUUAAUGCACCAAAUCAGUAUUUAUAUAUUUUUUUAAAUGAUAUGUCCAUAGUUUAUUGGGCAUAUUAUAUGGGUGAUAUUAGAGUAUUGAAGAUCAGCGUUAUAUUGCGUCCCAUGCGAUUGUCUUUAGUGCUGGCGUGGCGUCAUUUGCUUUAUUGGGUGGCUGAAAAUGUUUGUCUUUCGUUAUACAAAUGUCACCUUUUACAAAUUUUGUAUAUUAUGAGAGCCAAAAAAGUUAUGAAAAUUUUUAGCUGGCAUUAGUUUGCACUGUGAUAAGAACCACUUACAUAAUUAUAUCGAUUUUAAAUCGACAAUAAAGUGAGGUUACGCUAAAUUGAUUGUAUACAAAAGUUUUAACUAAGUAAAUGAAAUUGAAUCAAUGCCGUGUUUAAUAUAUGCUAUUAUUACGGCAAUUCUAUUGUGUUUUCCUAAAUCUGGAUCUGUUAAAACAGAUUGAUGGAAUGUUAAGUUCGUUUGGUUUUAUUUUUUAUCCUAUUCUGUUUAAGAAGUAACGCUUUUGCUUCAGUUUUGUAUACAACCGAUUUAUCACCACUUUACAGUUGAAAAAGUAUUCCUAAGCCCCAAUAAUAUAGUCACUCAAGCACGUAAUAAUAAUUAAUCUAUAAAGCACAUAAACUUAAAGCGGCAUGUUUCCUUGAGUAAGGUAUUGGUAUUUGUGAUUCUUAUUGUGACAACAACGAACUGUUGCCCUCUUAUUAUUAAACGUAACGUAACGUUGGAAUAGAUACGCAGUGUUUUGCGCACACGCACGCAGACUUCAACUGAGCGCACGUUUCAAAUCUGACUAUCAAAUGUCAGAGCGAGACAAAACACUGCGUAAUUACAGGUAUUUACUCCCAACGCUGCACUACGUUUAUUAAUAAGGAGGUAAUAAAGUUCGCUCUACGACUGUUAUUAAAUAAGCCAAUUGCAGAGCUUAAUAAUGGAAUUAUAAAUCAGGAAUUAAUGUAGCUAUAUAGAAUUAGGGAUAAGUACUUAAAAUAAAUAAACAAUUAGUGUGAAAUUAAUAUAACACCAGAAAACAGUUGUCAAAAAUUUUUGUUCUAUUGGACGACAUUUUUAUUUAAACCAUUUGUAAGCAAGAGUUCAGAGUGUUUAUGUCUGAUUUAGUAAGUUUUCCAAAAAAACUGGUCUUACGACUCCGUGCAAAAUUACUGCUCCUACCGUUUUUAAGUAUCGCGUCUGGAAACCGCACAGGUAAAACUUCGGAGUCUCUGCGGGACUAGCUUAUUGAGAAACAGUCAGAAUACCGACUAAAACUCAACGGAGUAAUCUGCCUCACUGAUGCUCCACUCACUGUUGAGACAUAGGAGUGUGUAUAUCGGUGCCUCCUAACACAAGUUCUUCUGCGGAGAGAUUGAGCAUGUUCUCCACUCCGAGGCCGCACAUAUAAACCGUAAUAUAACUGUCUCUCAGAAGGACGUUAGACCAACCUUCCUUGCUGCCGAUGAGUUGCUCAUAAGCGUGAAGUCCAUUCAUCUGUAUUCGUCAUGAAGUGACACCAGUGCGUUCUUUCUGCUGCGGCUAUGACGCUCAUUCUACAGCGUCUGAAACCUUGUCUAAUGGCGUUCCACACUCAUAGCAGGUCGGUGAGGCCUCAGUUAUUUACUAAAAUAUUCGUGUACGGUAAGCACCAAGCUGUUCCGACCCUACCCAACUGGAUCUUAAGUCCAUGUUUGCUUAUUAAAAAAAAAAAAAGUUUCGCUCUCUUCAAAUGUAUUUUUCUAUUCAACAGCCAUGUAACGAAAUAAUGUUAUAUAGAAAUUUUAAAAAUUAUUGGACCUUUUGUAUAAAUAACUUAUACAAAUACAAUUAAUGAAAAUUAGACGUUGUUGAUUUUUGUCGUCCUACCAAAAGUUAACGUUCUAUUCAAAUUAUAUCCAAGAGCUUGGGAGAAUGUCCUCCGUUCCUAACUAAGUAUAAUAAAUGCGUUCAAAAAUUAUCUUUUGAUUUCUAGUCCCGUAAUAAUAGUUUUUUUUUUUAUUAUUUUAGUUUAAGUUUAAUCUCUGACUAAAGAAAAAGAUAGACGUUUAAUAGGGUGAUUGUAUGCAACACUGAUUUUCCUUAUAACCAAAUCUUUUGCGAUAUACAUGAAAUCCUGAUUUUCAUUAUAAUCAAAUAAUUUGAGUAUCCUCUACUCAAAUUAUCUCUACCAACAAACACUACCACUAUCUUCCUUCGUUAGUCUGAGUUCAAGUUUAAAGAUAAGUCGAAUUAUAUGUACUUUUUAAUGUUAUUAAUUAAUCAUGCAUAAAAAGUUAACUUUUCCCACCAUUUUAUUUUAAGUUUUGUUAUCCUAUCAUCCUUAACACUUACUAAUUUUGUUAUUUUUUAGCCCUUUAGAUCUGUGAGAUGAAUGCUAAAGUGAGAUUACAUGACAUAAGAUAAACUCCUGUUAUUGCUGAAAUACUUAAAAGAUGUAUUUAAAAAAAGUUAAACAGAUGGUACUGUUAUAUUUUUCAUAAUAUCUUACGGCUAAGGAGAGCAUAUCAUGUUUUUUAGACAUAUAAAUGGUUAUGCAAUUGAAAA